ACUUGUAAUUAUUUUGUUGCUUUAUUUCAUGAUUUUAAGCAUUUUGAUAUUUCAAGACAAAAUUAAAAUUUUAAUAAAAAUAUUUAAGUGCAGAAAUGUUUGCGUCAGUCGGUUGCGAUGAUAUGUUACCGCGUGCCGCACCUAAACCAAGCGAUAUGACCGAAUCUGUUGUUGCACCAACUGUGCCUGAAGUUUCUUUAUUGCAAGAAAGUUUAAAACAACCUCCAACGAAUGCAAUGCCAAUAAAACCUGCAAUUAAAUCUUACUCAGAAUUCAAAAAAGCGGUUUUACCAAGAGUUACCUUCACUUCACCUGGACUAGACCCACCUGCCGUUAGCGCAAAUAAAGAUCUAAAUUUCAAUAAAUGUGAUCUUAACCCAUUACGGCCAGCAAUAAGUGCAACAACACUUUCAUCUGCUAAUUCCAACAAUAACAUGAUUGACAUAAUUACAUCAGUAAAACCGAACUUAACACCACCUAGCAACAAUACUUUUUAUAGACGUAGCUUAGAGAGUGCCAUUACAUACCCAAGUCAGCAUGAAUUAAAUUUAAUCAAUAGUAAUUUUGCACUGCAGCAAUUACAUGAACAACAAAGACGUUCAAUUGAGCGAAUUAUGCAAAAUACAACCCAGGCCAUUAAACCGAAAAAUGAUAUCCUAACCAUUUGUGCCGGCACACAAACUGAUGCUUCUUCCACAACAACGACUACGAAUGAAACGUUAACAGAAGCACUUAAAAACCUUGCAAGUAAGGAUGCAGUUGCAGAACUUACGCUCAAAGUUGAAGCCAUGCAAAGAAACCAAGAACGCUUGAUACAAAUUUGUGAGCUGUUAUUAUUGAACAGCCAGCGUAAGUCGGAAGAGAACUAUUUGUCUGCUAAAAACUCUUUCAAAGAUACUGGUACACAAUGCGCACUACUCAACACACAACAUUCGAAGCCAAGUGUAACCAAUGGUGCAAUUAUUGAUGUGCAAUUUGAGAAUGAUAAAUACGCUAUAGUGCAAAAUACGAAGCAAAAGCAGCUGCAGGAUGCCUUACAAUACCAGUCUCCCGUAACAAAACCAGUAGCACAAUCUACAGCGUAUCACGCCAAUUCGCCGUUACAAAACGGUGUAAAUAGUAGGUUUCCGCACCAACAGAAUGCAAAUCCUCUAAAUGAUCUGGAAAAGCGAAGCAGUGAUCGAAGUUUAGUAAUGAAUGAAUUGGCUAUGAAGUACUUAACAAAUGAGAAAAUUACCGAAAUGAUGAAAGAAGUAAAUUUAGGUUCCACAACACCAGAACUACAGCAAACUCCAUUACGGAAUAUUGAAAAUAUUGAUAAAGGUAUUUGUGACUUAUCGAAUGCUUCUUACAGAUACUUGAAGAAAUAUAGACUUUUACCAGAAGAAAAUAAUGAAUAUAAUGCUGGAACAUCACCAGUAGUAAAUGGACAGCACGACUUAACUAAAUCGCCAGUUAUAUUAAAACAAAAGCAACAAAAUUUUUCUCCCUUAGCGAGAUCACAACCACAACAAUAUUCUCCAUAUCAAGGACCAUGUUCUCCAAUGUAUGGAAGCGGGAAAACAGAUCAUAUAGAUUUAGAUAAUAUUAGAAAACAACCAAAGUUUUUAUGAAAAAACUGUUUCAAAAAUGUUUAAUAUAAAUGGAUUACUCAAGUUGUAUGUUUUAUGUAGGUAAUGUACUAUUUAAAUUAUUUUUGCAUGAUAAUUUAAAAU